ACGUAGAAGAAGAGUGACACGUGAUUCCCGCUAACUGGAGGCAAGAUGGCGGUGGCAGUGCGGAGCUUGCAGGACCAGCUGGAAAAAGCCAAGGAAAGCCUGAAAAGUGUGGACGAUAACAUUCGUAAAUUAACUGGACGUGAUCCUAAUGAAUCAAGACCGGGUCAGAUCCGUCGGCUCGGCGGCCCCAUGGCAGGCCCCGGUGGAGGUAGAGGAAGAGGAGUCAACCUGCUCAGACGUAGUCUCUCAGAUAUAGGCGGCGGCGGCCCUCCUGCCAAGCAGAGGGACAUCGAGGGAGCCCUCCUGAGGCUGGCAGGGGACCAGAGGGCCAGGAGAGACGCACGUCACGACAGCGACGCCGAGGAUGAUGACGAUGUCAAAAAGCCGGCGUUGCAGUCGUCAGUAGUUGCUACCUCCAAAGAGAGAACACGCCGAGACCUUAUCCAAGAUCAAACCAUGGACGAGAAGGGCAAACAGAGGAAUCGGCGCAUGUUCGGCCUGCUGAUGGGCACCUUACAGAAAUUCAAACAGGAGUCCAACGUCUCUACAGACAGGCUAAAGAGACGUACAGAGAUUGAGCAGAAGCUCGAGGUUCAGGCUGAAACAGAGAGGAAGAAGGUGGAGACUGAAAAGAAGGAACUGUUUGAAGAGAGGAGAUCCAAACAGACUGAGCUGAGACUGUUGGAACAGAAAGUGGAAUUAGCUCAGCUGCAAGAGGAGUGGACCGGCCAUAAUAACCAUUUGGUGAAGUACAUUCGUACUAAAUCAAAGCCUCAUAUCUUCUAUCUGCCUGGAAAAAUGUGCUCCGCCACGCAGAAACUCCUCGACGACUCCACCAAGAAACUGAACGCUGUGUUUGAGGAGAGGCGUGAGGCUUUUGCUGAACACCUCAGCAAGAUGGAAUCCCGCCCCCGGCGACAGCCGAACCGCGACCAGGACAACAAUGCUGCUGCAACAGGGAUGGACCAGCCGGCGGAGGGUAAGAAAGCAGGUCAGGUAGUCAAGGUGACGGGUAACAAGGGGUUAGCGGAGAUGGAUGACGAGGAGGAGGAAGAUGAUGAGGAUGAGGAGAGGGGAAAGGAGGGGGAUAGAAAGGUGGCAGAAGAGGAGAGGAAAGAUAGGGGGCAGGAGGUGUUGAAGAAGAAGGUGGAGGAGGAGGAGGGGAUGGAGGUGAGUGAGGAGGGGAAAGAGCAGAAAAAGGAGGGAGGAGAGGGGGUCAAAGACAGUGAGGAAAUGGGGGAGAAGGAGGAAAGUCCUGAGUCAGGGGAGAUGGAGGUGGAGGGCGGGGCAGUGCAGGAGAGCAAGACUAAUGGAGUGGGGGGAGGAACAGACAGUAAGGAGGAAGUCAAAGAUCUUCAGAGUGAAAAGACAGAGGACACACCGUCCUCUGACGCGACCGUAACCAGCAAAGAAGUCCCAAUCGACAGUCAGCCACAGAUCAUCCUCCUCACAGAGGAACCAGCCGCUCAGUCCUCUGAGGUUCCUCCUGGGCCUGAGAGCAUCCCUGCUUCUGAAACGGCUCCCUCAGUGCCUGUGCAGGUCUUAAUCAACCCUGGCCUCAAUGCCCAGGAAUCCGCAGCAGAACACCAGGCUGUGGAAGAGAAAACAGGUGAUGAAGCACCCCAAAAAAUGCCUGAUACCCCGGAGGCCCCAAGCAUGACCCCUGCUGCACCCUCUAAGGAGGAAGAGGAUGGUAAGAGAGGCAGGAAGAAGGAGAAGGCGGCAAAGAAGGGCCGCAGUCACAGCAACAGCUCCUCCUCUUCCUCCUCCGGAUCGUCCUCCAGCGGGAGCUCCUCCUCUUCCUCUGGAUCUAGCCGCUCUUCUUCGUCCUCAUCCUCCUCGUCCUCGUCUUCCAGCAGCCGCAGUCGCAGCCGAGACGGCGGCAAGCGCAAGAGGAGGCCAUCAGAGAGGAGCAGGAAGAAGGGGGAAGAGAAGAGUCGCCGCAAGAGGGGAGGUAGUAGCGGCGGAGGGGGGAGGGACUCCAAGGGAUCCAAGGAGAGGAGGAAGAGGAGAAGCGAGGAAGGGAGGAGCAGGUCUUCCCGAGGAGAUAGGGAGCACAAAGAUAGAGAAAGGAAGGACAAGAGACGCUAAACCGAGAAAUACAUGACAACAUACGAGGGGGGAACAAUGCUAAACCUAAUGAUACAUGAGAUGAUUUUUAAACUAGUGUUGCCCUUUGGAGUGAGGGUGAAAAUGGAAGGAUUUUUUUUUCUAAGUUUAGGGGUUAGUAAGUCAAAGCCCAAACUAAAUUGACUUAAGUGGUUGACCUUUACGUGGCAAAAGAAAUGUAGACUUUUUUUAAAAUUCUGAAGUCACAGUUGUGCAUCUGGCCGAGCAUAUCCUUUUUACUAACUGUCACUGAACUCCUCACCAACAGGGUUGAGACUAAAUUUGAGUCCUCAUUUUAACUAAAAAAAAGUCAUUUAUCUUGGCCUGAUGUCGAUUU